AUGUCCAGCUACAUUUCUGAAACUUCCAACUCGCUUUUUGGCUUUGGUAAGAUGUGUCAACCUGUGAUCACUGAUGGAAACGCAUCGUUUAUACAACAUGGCAAUGAAACUUACGAUGGCAGCAGUAACCUGCUUGAAGCCCUACUGCAGAAAAUCCAUACUUUAGAAAGUGAGAGACAUAUACUGAAGCUCCGUCUGGAGGCAGUCGAAAGUGAUUACGAUGCUCAAGUUAAGGAACUACAGACGGAUAUAAUCGCAAUGCGUGUUGACUUGAAAAAGGAGCGAAAAAUGUGCAAAAAAAUGGAGAAGGAAAAGAACACAACUAUUAACGAGUUGAUUCAGCAGAACCAGUCUUUAACACAUCGUCUUACUUGUUCAAGUGAAAACGAAGAACAUCUACGAGAAGAGCUGUCUAACCUAAGAUCAGAAUUUUUGAAACAUAAAUCUUCUAUGCAAGAGCAUGUGCAGUCAAUCGAAUCUUUAAGACAAGAAAUUACAAAGUUACGAGAGGAAAAGAAUCACUUAGAAAUCCAGUUAAGUGCUGUUGUUGAGGAAAAGAAUAGUUUGUUGGAAUCACUCAGCGAUUCUUAUCAAGAAGUGAACAUGUUGAGACAGGUGGCAAGUGAACAGGCUGCUACUAUAAAUACUCAAGAUGCGGAGAUUACGAGGCUUCAAGAAACAGCUAAUGUGCUUCACAACCGACUUCAGAAAUUAUCAUCUCAAGCAGGAAGCAAAAGCACAGGUGUAAAUGAGGAAGGUGGUGUAAAGCCAGUCGACUCCCAUCCACAUCGUUCUCUCAUGGCUGAACUAGCUGAGCAGAAAAUGAAUCAAAUGGAGAAUUUCGGCUGUUUACCUUCUGCACUGGAAGAUGACGAUGAUGUUGAGUUUGAAAUGGAUGAUAAUGCAUUUCUGGCCUAUUUGUCAUGUUUUGAUCAGGAUAAUAUUUCAGACAAAGUGACAGAAAUUUAUCAACAGAUGAACCAAAUGUGUGUUGAAUUAUACGCACUUGCUGGAGCAAACCAGGAAGCAUGCAGUCAAGUCGGUACACAUACACCCGAUGAAUUGGCUAUGGUUGAAAUGGAUUUUCGUCUAGGGUCACUACGUUCUGUAUUGACUGACUUACGUGGACUAUUGAAAGACUUAAAGAUUGAAAUUCCAGAACAACCAGUAUCAUCAUGUCUUUCCCAAGAAGAGAAGGAAGUAAUCAGCAAUGAAAAUAUAAUGGAACCUAACUUAUCAUCAAGCCCACUGAAUGAACAGGAUCAUCCACUUGCUAAUUAUGAAAUGGAAUGUCAAAUUGUCCGUUCAGAACGUGAUGCACUUGCAGCUGAGCUGUUAAAUGCACAACAAGAACUUCUUCAACUAAAAACUAAAAUUGAAAGUGGUUCAGGAAACACUGGUGAAGUUCAUAAUCUACAUUCCGGUAAACAAAAUAAUUUCAUCGCUAGUUGGGAGGAAUUUGAAGAAGAAAAAUAUGAAUUUGAAAUGCCUCGUUAA